AUGCGGCGCGGGCGUUCGGUGUCGACACCGCGCGAAGGCCGACACCGAAGACGCGUCGACGCGCGCUCGAGGGCGAGCGAGGACGAUCCGGACGGCGAGGACGAUACCUCGGACGCGCGCGGGAGCGACGACGGCGUUCGGGCGGUGAAGGCGUGGUUGCGAGAGAACUUUUUCUUCGCGGGCGUGGGGGCGGCGGCGUGCGCGAGCGCGUCGCCAGAGUUUCGCGACGUCGUGGAGUCGUUCGGUGGUGCGGCGGGAGGGUCGUGGGGGUCGGGAGGGUUGGAAAAGUAUGCCAUCGCAGCCUUAUUCUUCAUCGCGGGCGUUGGAUUACCGGUGAGAGCGUUGAAGGAAGCCGCGAGCGACGUGUCGCUCAACGCGUUUACGCAGGCGUUCAUCUUCGUCUUUCCGACGAUCGUCAUAGCCGCAGCCGCGCCGGUUUUGAUUGAAUCGGGGUGGUUGAGCGAGAACGUGGUCGAUGGUUUAUUCGUGUUGGCGUGCUUGCCCACGACAGUAGGUUCCGGCGUGGCGUUCACGCGGUCGGCGAACGGGAACGUCGAAGCCGCCUUGCUGAAUUCCAUGGCGGCGAACCUCGCGGGUAUUUUCUUGACCCCUGCGUUGAUACAUUUCUAUCUCGGCGCCGACAGCUCGGUGGAUCCGAUCGCAUCGAGUUCGAAGCUGCUCGUUCAAGCAUUUUUACCCGUCGCUCUCGGUAUGAGCUUGCGUUUGAUCCCGGGCGUGGCGUCCGCCGCCGAGGGCGGCUUGAAGGAGCCGAGCAAACUGCUCGGCGAUGCCAUUUUGCUCGCCAUCAUCGCCAAAACCUUCGUCACAGCGGAACAAAGCGAGGCGGGGAUGUUAGAUUUCAACUCAAGCGCACACUUAGUGAGCGUCUUGUUGGUGUUCAUGCUCUUGCACAAGGGAUCGAUUUUUUUGGCGGCGUCUCGCGUCGGCGCCUUCUCGCGCGAGGACGUCGUCUGCGCCCUAUACAUGGGUUCGCACAAAACCUUAGCGUUCGGCUUGCCUUUGAUAUCGACCACGUUCGAGGGCGAUCCCAAUCUCGCGUCUUAUGUGCUUCCCUUGGUGAUUUACCACCCCCUUCAAAUAUUCGCGAGCUCGCUCCUCGCGCGCCCUCUGGCGCGGUACGAGAAGCGGCGCGAAUGA